GGUGACAUUGUGGACAUCUACCAGCGGGAGUUCCUUGCUCUCCGGGACCGACUGCACGCAGCCGAGCAGGAGAGCCUGAAGCGCUCCAAGGAGCUCAACCUGGUCUUGGAGGAGAUCAAGAGAGCCAUCUCGGAGAAGCAGGCCCUGCGGGAUAUAAACCGGACCUGGAGCAGCUUAUCUGACGAAACCAAGUUAAAACUGUGGAAUAUCACCAACAAGAAUGUGCUGCACCUUCCCACCAUCUUCCAUCAUUUGCCACAUUUGCUGUCAAAGGAGAACAGUCUGCAGCCAGCCGUGCAUGUGGGACAGGGGCGCACUGGAGUGUCCGUCGUGAUGGGAAUCCCCAGCGUGAAGCGGGAGGUGCAUUCCUACCUCACCGACACCCUCAACUCCCUCAUCUCAGAGCUCACUCAGCAGGAGAAGGAGGACUCCGUCAUCGUCGUCCUCAUCGCUGAGACAGAUCCACAGUACACAGCUGGAGUGGCAGAAAAUAUCAAAAACUUAUUCCCAAAGGAAAUACACUCAGGUCUCCUGGAGGUAAUUUCCCCAUCUCCGCAUUUCUACCCUGAUUUCUCUCACCUGCGGGAAUCCUUUGGGGACCCCAAGGAAAGAGUCAGGUGGAGGACAAAGCAGAACCUUGACUACUGCUUUUUAAUGAUGUAUGCCCAGUCCAAAGGCAUCUAUUACGUGCAGCUGGAGGAUGAUAUUGUGGCCAAGCCAAACUAUCUCAGCACGAUGAAGAACUUUGCCUUGCAGCAGCCCUCCGAGGAGUGGAUGAUCCUGGAGUUUUCUCAGUUGGGGUUUAUUGGAAAAAUGUUCAAGUCUCUGGAUCUGAGCUUGAUCGUGGAGUUCAUCCUGAUGUUCUAUAAGGACAAACCCAUCGAUUGGCUGCUGGAUCACAUCCUUUGGGUGAAAGUCUGCAACCCUGAGAAAGAUGCG